UCAGUGUUUUGAAUACGUGUAAAUAUGUUUUGAUUGUCGACUUUUCACCUUUGAAAAUGCUUUGAUUUUGUUACUAAAAUGCACUGAAAAUGCUUGAAUGACGGCUGAGGAAUAAGCAGAAAUAUCCAGGCGCGCAAUUAUCGUUUUGCUGGGCAGGAAGGCGUUUAUAAAAGAUAAUUGUGGUGGAAAUUAAUCAUGGGUGACUCAUAUCAACAUGUACCACAAGAUCCUGAUGAAAGCUAUGACCGUCCGUCAGACUACCCCGAUGAUGAUAGCCUAGCAGAUGCAAGUGCCAAUGGUUUCAACUAUCGUGAAUACCGCAGGCCUGCAGACUCGUUCAAGGGCAAGGUUCAACAGAAAUACUGGAAAGGGAAGCAAACUAUGCUUGAAAAACUGGGCAAACAACAAGAUGAGUUUGUAGUUGCUGGCGAUGCUGAAGUUGAUGCUAGGCUUGAAGCAUUUAGACAGAUACAGAAAACAUGUAUUGAUCUUUUGAGGGCUGUUGAAGUUUAUCAAAAGAAAAUAUUUGCUUUGUCUCAAGAGGAGAAUGAAUCUGGUCGAUUUUUACGUGAAAAGGGUUCUGUUGAUAAAACAAAAGCUGGGAAAAUGAUGAUAAGUGUUGGCAAGGCACUUAGUUAUACUGCACAGCAAAGGUUAACCCUACGUGUCCCUCUUGUACGCCUGUACCAAGAGGUGGAGACAUUCAGACAUCGGGCCAUAGGCGACACCUGGGAGACGGUGAAUCGUAUGGAAAGACUGCGAAGUGAAUAUAGAGCAGCGUUGCUUUGGAUGGCAGAUAUCUCCAAAGAACUGGAUCCUGAGGCUUAUAGAAAGUUGGAUAAAUACAGAGAGGUUCAGUCCGAGGUGAAGGUUACAAAGAAAAAAUUUGACAAAUGUAAAGUCGACGUGAUUCAAAAAGUGGAUUUACUCUCCGCGAGCCGUUGUAAUCUGCUGUCAGCGACGCUGGUCGCAUACCAGCAGAGCCUCCUUAAGUUUUGGGAGAACUCGUCCGGUUCUUUGACGAAGGUUUACGAGCAGUUCCGUGGUCAUCCUUCGUAUCAAUUUCAAAUGUUGAAGCAUAUCAUACCAGACGAUUCGUACACGCGCGAAAAUGACGUCGACGAUGAUGAGGGUGACGAGGGGGUAGAGCGGAUCAAAGAGGAACGUAUUGCGGAAGCGGUCCACGUGGACGAGAAGGACGAGAAUUCUCAGAAAGUCGACGAGGAGGGCUUGGAUGUCCGAGAAAGGUCGAACGAGGAUGACGAUGCUUUGAUCUCGUUGGAUAAUCUUCCUGAUAGAAUGCCACCUGCGGUUUCCAGCGAGAAAGAUCAAAACACUGAUCUUCUUGGCGGUUCACCUGCAAAGACAGAGGAAACAACGUCUGCCAUGCUUGAGCCCAGCUCCUCUGCUGUCAUACAAGGAAUUGAUGAUCUUCUGGGAUUGUCUGGUGGUAAUACAGAAGAUGAUGAGUUAAAUAUCGCAGAUUUCAUGUUGAAUAACACCAGUCCUGAAAUGACCAACCUCGGUGCAGCGACAAGUGCUGGUGAUUCAAUAAACAACGGUCUGCCAGGAGGCCAGCAAAAUUCAGACCAAGAUUUGCUUGGUGCGGAUAAUAGUUUACAGAGCACAGAUGAUCUUCUGUUUGGAAAUCUCUCUCAGCCAGAGAAUCCAACGACUGACAACAGUUUCACAGAAACCUGGAAUAAAAUGUUUGGUAACGAACAACAACAGGUGGAAGCACCCUCGAGCCAGGAAAAUCUCGGCUCGCCCACGAAGUUCAUGCCUUCAGAUUUAAUCGAUAGUUUUGCAAGCCUCGACCCCUAUGCACCCUCAUCUGGUUUCACGUUACCACCGCAGGCUACGGGCGGACUUGAACCUACUAACAUGCAAGGACCCACUCCCCCCCUUGCACCGGCUGCUGGUCAACCAUCCUCUGGGAUGAUGAGACAGAAUACUGCGAAGCCAUCAGAUGGAAAUUUAUCGACCUGGUUGAAUCUUUUCUCUGAUUUGGACCCGCUGUCCAAUCCAGAUGCAAUUGGACAGGAGAAUCAAGAAAACGAUGCUAAACGCUCUUGCUAGUGAAGAAAAUAACUUUUACCUCCUGAAAAAACAUGUAUUCAAUAUUUUACUAGCUCAUUAUGGAGAAACUCUCAGCGGUAUUUGGGGAAAAAAUACGUGCAAUCGAAUCUGACGAGAAGCUGCCAAAGAACAUAUUAUUUAUUUCAAUGCAAGAGUUACACACUAUCUGUAAGAUUAGUUUAAUAUGCUUUAACAGCUAACACAAUUUCACGCCUGAUAAUUUAGUUUCAUUCGUAUUGCAUGUUGUGAACUACAAUGUUUUGAUCAAGCUUUACUGAGUUGAAGAAUGUUGUAUCUUCGAGCCAGGUUAUUUAGAGCAAGGCUUCGUAUCACAUAAAGUACAGUUACUGGUUCUACCAAGUCAUAUUCGCCACCUGAUGUAUGUGAUUUCACGCAACAAGAGAACUUUUCCAUCUGUGUGCUAAUAGUCUUUCUCUCAAACCCAAGCACGAGGUUGCCUUUCUCUUUGAAACAUAGCCAUUAAAUCACAUUCAUCAUCAGGAUGUGAAUACGAUCGUAGCUCCACGUCACAUCUUCGGGUGUAGACGCCGGAAAUGCGCUAUUGGCGCGAUAGCUAAUGUAUUGUAUGUGACACAAAUUUGAAUGAUGUAUAAUGAAUUUGAAGA